AUGAGUGGACCUUUCUUCUUAUACGAUCAAGGUGGUUGUGGAAAAACAUUCUUAUGGUCAACUAUAUCAUGCUCAAUUAGGUUUAAAAGAGGUAUAGUUUUAAAUGUUGUUUCGAGUGGGAUUGCUACACUUUUGUUGCCUAAUGGAAGAACUGCACAUUCAAGGUUUAAAAUUUCUUUGACCAUAAAUGAGGAUUCUUUGUGUAGCAUUAAACAGGAAAGUCCUGUUGCAAGGUUAAUAUCCAAGGCCAAAUUAAUCACAUGGGAUAAAGCUCCAAUGAUAACGGUAUUAUGGGUGGACUUUUCUUCUUAUAUGGUCAAGAUGGUUGUGGAAAAAUAUUCUUAUGAUCAACUAUAUCAUGCUCAAUUAGGUCUAAAUGAGGGAAGUCCUUUUGCAAGGUUAAUAUCCAAGGCCAAAUUAAUCAUAUGGGAUGAAACUCCAAUAAUAAGUAAGUAUUGUUACGAAACUUUAGACAAAUGCCUCAGAGACAUCUUAAGGUGCUCAGAUUCGUAUAAUGCUCAUUUGCCAUUUGGAGGUAAAGUUAUUGUUCUUAGAGGAGAUUUUAGACAAAUUUUACCUAUGAUUCCCAGAGGCUCAAGGCAAGAUAUAAUUCAGUCUUCUAUUAAUUCUUCAUAUUUGUGGCAUAACUAUAAGGUUUUGAAGCUUACAAAAAAUAUGAGAUUGUCACUAGGUAAAAAUAACAACAUACAAGAACUCAGAAAUUUUGCAGAAUGGCUACUCAAAAUUGGUGAUGAUUUGGCUGGUGAUACAACAGAUGGUGAAUCGAUCGUUCAUAUACCAUCUGACAUUUUGAUUAAGAACUCUGAGACAGCUUUGGAUGACCUCAUUGAUUUCGUGUAUCCAGAUAUGGUCAACUGUAUCAAAGGAUAG